CCAAAGAUGGCGUUACACCUGUUCCUCCCGUAGUGCUCCUUGUUGUUGUCUGCGCAACGCGAGAAAAACAAAGCACCAGGAAACAGAAACAGACUGUUAAUAAAGUGGAGAGACGUAGUUAAAACCACGGGAGUGAACUACAUCAUUCAGAAAUGUCCACAGAGGAGCUGUCAGCCUCGGACAGCGAGGCUGUGUUCGCCACAGCGGGAGAGCGAUGGGCACCGGUCGGAGCUGUUGCCAGCCCGGAGGAGGAGAGCAGCGGCAGCGGGAGCGCUGGCAAGCCGAAGCAGAGAGGCUCGUCCUCGGCCACCGAUGAGGGGGAAAUGGCCGCCAGGCUGGAGAAGCUGGAAGAGGAGCAGGACUUGCUGAACUCGUCUCUGCUCGCCCUCACCUCCCACUUCGCCCAGGUGCAGUUCCGACUGAAGCAGAUAGUUCACGCCCAGCAGAGCGAGGAGAAGGAGAGGAUGCUGGCCGAGCUGGAGGAGUUCGCCUUCAGGGGCUGCCCGCAUGUGGUGGGCUGCAGAGCUCUGGAGGCCACACAGCUGGAGAACUCGGGAGAUCUGAGUGAGAGGGAGAAGAGGGAGCGCCUGGAGGCUCAGAGGGAAAAACAGAAGGAUCUCAUUCUCCAGCUGAAGACACAGCUGGAUGAUCUGGAGCGCUUCGCCUAUCAGGAGGGCAGCUACGACUCGCUGCCGCAGUCUGUCGUCAUGGAGAGACAGAAGGUCAUCAUUGACGAGUUGAUCAAAAAGCUGGAUGUGAACCUGAACGAGGACAUCGGGAACUUGUCGCCCGAGGAGCUGAGACAGAGAGUGGACUCUGCCAUCGCUCAGAUAGUGAACCCAGCCAGGGUCAAAGAGCAGCUGGUGGAUCAGCUCAAAACCCAGAUCAGAGACCUGGAGAUGUUCAUCAACUUCAUCCAGGAUGAGGUGGGGAACCCUCUUUUAUCAGAUGGCGGACCCAGCCAGCAACCACAAGCGGCGGGCACCAGUGCCAGAGCUCCAGGAGUGAAGAAGAAAGUGGACCCAGAGCAGGCCCAGAAGAUGCGAGAGACCGGCCUGCAGCUUAUCCAGAAGGCCCUCGCCGUGCUGCAGAUCUUCGCUGCGAGCCAGUUCGGCUGUGCGCCCGGCCACGUUCCUCAGAACAUGUGGCCUCAGGAGUCAACGCUGCAGGACUACGGGCCCCUGCUGCAGCGCCUGGAGUCAGCUGUAGACAAGGUGCGAGUGCUGGGCUCCUGCAGACAGUCCUCCCUCGACCAUGUCGUCAACUACACCAGCAACUCGGCGCUGGGGCCUCGAGACGAGCUGACGUCGUCGGUGAGGAAGGAGCUGGCGCUUGCUCUGAAAGACUUGUUGGCUCACGGCCUCUUCUCCCCCUCCCAGACCAUGAGCCUUGUACUGGCACCCAUCUCCUGCCUGCUGCCUUACAGACCAGCCCCACAGACCAUGCACCCAUGGGAACUCUUUGUUAAAUACUACCAAUCCAAAAACGGGAAGGCCUUUGUAGAGACGCCGGCCCGUCAGCUUUCACAGUCCUUCAGCCUGCCUGUCGGGGGCGGCCCGGUGACCGUCACCCCUAAACAGUCUCUGCUGUGGGCCAUUCACACUGUGCUGAAGGAGCACGGACGCUACAAACGUGGACCAGACACAGAGCUCAAAGCGCUGGUGUGCAUGGCUCUGAACGAGCAGCGGCUGGUGUCAUGGCUCAACCUGCUCUGUAAGUCUGGGACUCUGAUACACCCGCACUACCAGUGCUGGAGCUACAUGGCCCAGACCGGCUUCGAAGGAGCCCUGCGAAUCUUGGGCCGCAUCAGCCACCUCAAAUUCAACCUCCCGGUGGACCUGGCUGUUCGGCAGCUGAAGAACAUUAAGGAUGCUUUCUGAGGAUGCAAAAGUAACGAAACAUCCAUCUCAGAAAUCAAGUAUUUUAUCAGCUAAACAACACCUAACCUGGCAUUCAGGACCAAAAGCAUGACUUUGUGCUUCAAGUAUGUAACCUUUUAAAGGUUAUUUAAGUAGCCACCCAUCUUAAAAGUAUAAAGUGCAAGUAUGUGAUGUCUACAGUUACAUGCAUGGAUGAUUAUGUUGUGUGAGCUUCAACCAUGAGCAACCAUAAUCUGCAUAGGUUUAAGAUGCCAAAAUGUCAAGAUGACAAUGCUACUCGUACUGUAAACACGCCUUAGAAUGGAGACUGAGAUUACCUCAUGUUUAGAGAAGCCUUCCUGACCUUUGCGACCUGUGCUCAUCUUACCGUAUCAUUCCCCCGUGUAUGUGAUAGUGUCCUAACCUAUGCAGCAAAGAGAGAGGUUGGAUGUGUACAGUAAUCAGUACUGUAAUGUGGUCGCCACAGAGACAAUCCAGGAGGAGAAAUAGUGAGCAGAAACUCGAUACUGUGGCUUCUACACAGUAACAAUGGGAUGUAUCGAUGCUCCAUCGUUCACAGUGAAAAGUACAGUUCUGUUAUGGCAUUUAUUAUUUUGGUGGCGUGUAGCAGACUGGUUGAUCAGGUCAACUUGAAAAAUGAAAAAUGUCUCUUCAAGCAUGAAGUUAAUGUGUUGUGUAACAAAUAUGCAGCCCAACGACUCCGUUUUAAAGCUGUUAUCACUUCUUGCACAUUGUGUUUCAGGUGUGUUAGACCCUGUAUGAACUGCUGCUUUUCUCCUAUUCCAGGUGUAGUUAAAUUAAAAUGAAAUGACAGUGAUAUCAUUUGAUAAGAAUGAUGUAAUGGUUACAUCCCAUAUGUAACAUGAUUGUAGGAUAUAAAAGGUUUAUCUUUAUUUCCUGUUCUUCAGAGAACUUUGUUUUUAUCUUCCUAAGACAACCGAGUUGCACGAAUCAUAUCUUUAAAUACUGAAUGUACAAACCAUAGAUGCUAUUAAACUGAGGUUUAGAUUAUAUCUGCUGUUUAUGGGAUUUAAACUUCAGAUGUAUGUAUCAAACCUCUGAGAGUUGGCGUGCUGAUGAAAGAUGAUCCCUGCGUUUGUUUUUCCUGAGAUAAAAACCUGUGCACUUUGUGACUUGAGUGCACCUGGAGACACAUUUUUAGUAUUUAUUUUAUGUUACUGUGUAAAUGGAAAGUUUGUAUUCUGUUUAGGUCUUGUGUAGUAAAUAUAAUGCUAUAUUUAUCUUCCUAUUUUCCCCAUUUUUUUGUUAUGUUUUAUUCAACUGUUAUGUUGUGAUUCAUGUAAAGAGACAUUUAUUUAUUGCAUAGCAUGUGAAGAACAUAUCAGAACACUUUGUUAAAGUAGCUCGGACACUGAAUCAUUUAAAUCGUGCUAUUUAUAUUGUUUUUAUUUAAUCGCUUUAAUCACAAAUAAUAUAUUGGGAGAUAUGACUUGUGCUUAUUUUCUUUUUUUUUUUAUCAUGUUUAAUGCAUAUCUACAGCUGUAAACAAAUUAAACUUAGUAAAUGAA